AAAGUAGAAAGUCAGACGGUCAAAUACCGCUUGAUCAAAAUCAAAGAUUGCGUUUGCUUGAGACGAAAAGAACUUUCCUGCAGCUCUACCAGGUAGUUGUCCUAGGUAAACUGUCUCCACUGCACGAGUAUAAAGCUUUGAUUUAGGACGAUGAUCUGGAAUAUGUGCAUACACCAAACUUCCAAAGAUUGAAGUAGCAAAAAACUUUGGGUUUUCUCCUCUCCACUUAUCGCAAUCGAAACACUUGAAGUCCAAUGAACAAUCUCCAUACUUGUUCUCAACGCAUCUGUCCAAAAGACUGUUGGCAUAUUCGCGUCAGCGAAAAGUGUCCUUACCUCUGUCUGAGUAUCUCUUUGUUUUUUUUCUACCAUUCCAUUUUAAUGAUGGCUUCCAGGCACCGUGGUCUCAUAUUUUAAUCCUUUAUGAAACAUCC